AUGUCCACGACACCGGCGUCAAAGCCAGUCACUGGUGCUCCUGCUGCCGCUGCAAACCUCGCUGCCGAAAAGCGAGCCCAGGCACAGACCCAAUCUCUCCACGACUAUCGUGCGCACCCGCACUCAUCCCCUGCCGUCAGCACUGCCAACAGGGCACACACCGCCGCCGCCUCUCCCACCCUCGCUGCCCCACUCAACACGAUCGAAACCAAGCACUUCUCCACUCUCGCACUUAUCGGACUAUGCUACUGCAUCCUCAACUCGUGGACCGCCGCGUCGGCGUCCAUGUCGAUCGCCCUCGUCUCCGGUGGUCCAUCGGUAACGCUUUGGGGGAUGGUGGUCGCGUUUGUCGGCGUCAUGGCGUGUGCCUUGUCCAUGGCUGAGAUCUGCCACGUCUAUCCGACCACGGGUGGCCAGUAUCACUGGUCCUUCUGCCUUUCUCCUCCGAGGUAUCGCUACGCUAUCGCCUACUUUACCGGGUGGAUUGCCGUCGCUGGAUGGGUCGCUCUGACUGCAACCGCUUCGUCGCUGGCCGGUCAGUUUAUCGUUGGCAUCAUCGCGCUACUGCACGAGAACUACGAACAGAAAACGUGGCAUAUCUUUUUGGUGUAUGUCGUGUUUUCCAUCGGUGCCUGGCUGAUCAACGCUUUCGGCGUCCGCAUCCUGGACAGCUUGAACCGGGUCGCGAUGAUCUGGUCGCUCGUAGGCGCGGUGGUGAUCAUGAUCACUUGUCUGGCUCGUGCAUCGCCGGACUACCAGGAUGCCAAGUUCGUGUUUGGCAAGUUUGUCAACGAGACCGGCUGGAACAACGGUGUAGCGUGGAUCUUGGGUCUUUUGCAAGCGGCCUUCUCGCUGAUUGGAAGCGACGGCGCCACGCACAUGGUGGAUGAAAUCGACCGUCCCAGCAUCAACGCCCCGCGCGCCAUGAUCCUCGCCGUCGCCAUCGGUGCUGGGUCGACAUUUAUCGUGCUCAUGGUCUUCCUGUUCGUGCUCAAGGACUUGGAGGGCGUCACGUCGAGCUCGGCCGGUGCUCUACUCGAAAUCAUCUACCAAGCCGUGGGCAACCGAGCCGGUGCGGUGUGUCUGCUCAUGUUCCCCGUCCUCUCGAUGGCGUUCACUGCGACAGCACUCCUAACCACCAGUUCGAGGAUGUCUCAAGCGUUCGCAAGGGACAAAGGCCUCCCCUUCUCCGGCGUACUUUCGCGCAUCUCGCCGCGCAGCCAAGUGCCCAUACCCGCUCUCAUUUUCACCACCAUCUGGGUCAUCAUCUUCGGGUGUGUCUACCUCGGCUCCUCGUCCGCCCUCAACGCCAUUCUGUCAUCCUCUGUCGUCUUGCUGCAGUUUUCGUACAUCAUCCCCAUCGCCCUGCUGCUCGUGAGGGGGAGGAAGGUCCUCAACGACGCGACGCCCGAAAAACGACACUUCAAUCUCGGCCCGCGUCUGGGGCCCUUGAUCAACAUCUUUGCAAUCCUGUUCGUUCUGUUUACCAACGUCUUCUUCCUCUUCCCCCCGGAACUGCCGGUGACCGGCCCCAACAUGAACUACACCAUCGUCGUGAUUGCCGUCGUGGCCAUCAUGAGCUUGGUCGCGUGGUUCGUACAGGGCAGGAAGGAGUUCAAAGGCCCGCUGGAUAUGGAUGAGAUCCUGUUCAGAACCAGGGGCUUUGCGAGGUUUGACGCAGAAGAUGCGUCCGCUGCCCAGGUGGCCAACGAGAAGGAGCUUUCUUAA